CUACUGCUGCAGUGCGGCGGAAUCUUCCGCGAGUCGCUCCUAGUCCUGAGAUCCUCACACCAGCCCGCCGCGGAAGGGAGCAGAAUGCUGCAGUGCGUCUUCCUCCUCUCCGACUGCGGGGAGGUGUUGGUGGAGAAGCAGAUGACGGCGCACCGGGUGGACCGCGCCAUCUGCGGCUGGUUCUGGGAGUACGUUCUUGCCCACGCCGCCGGGGACCCGUCCAAGGUCUUGCAGGUUGUGGUGUCCCCAACACACUACUUGUUCCAAGUAUAUCGCAACGGCGUGACGUUCUUGGCAUGCACCCAAGUGGAGAUGCCCCCAUUGAUGGCUAUCGAGUUUCUCUCUCGUGUGGCUGAUGUCUUGACAGAUUACCUUGGAGAUAUAAAUGAAGACACAAUCAAGGACAACUUCGUAAUUGUUUAUCAGAUUCUAGAUGAAAUGAUGGACAAUGGCUUUCCGCUCACUACUGAGCCAAACAUCUUGAAAGAGUUGGUUGCGCAACCAAAUAUGGUCAGCAAAAUGUUGAAUAUUAUGACUGGUAAGAGUUCUACUAUUGGUAACAAACUUCCAGAUGCAACUGCUUCUUUUGUACCUUGGAGAACAACACUUGUCAAGGAUGCAAGCAAUGAAGUCUAUGUUAACAUAGUUGAGGAACUAGAUGCAUGUGUGAACAGAGAAGGGGUUCUAGUGAAAUGUGAGGCAUGCGGUGAAAUUGAAGUGAAUUCCAGCCUUCCUGGAUUACCAGAAUUGACCUUGUCAUUUGCUAAUCCCACACUUAUCAAUGAUGUGAGGUUCCACCCCUGUGUCCGAUUCAGACCUUGGGAGUCCAAUCAGAUCUUAUCUUUUGUUCCUCCUGAUGGACAAUUCAAGCUUAUGAGUUAUAGGGUUAAGAAACUGAAGACCACACCAAUUUAUGUGAAACCACAAUUAUCUUCUGAUUCUGGGAAUUGCCGUGUUAAUGUAAUGGUGGGGAUUCGGAAUGAUCCUGGUAAAGCUAUUGAUUCUAUAAUAGUGCAGUUUCAGUUGCCUCCCCUUAUUGCUUCUGCUGAUUUGACCGCAAACCAUGGUACAGUUGACAUCCUUGCCGAUCAGACCUGCGUUUGGACAAUUGGGCAUAUUCCAAAAGAUAAAGCACCAUCCCUCUCUGGAAAUCUACGUCUUGAGGAAGGACUGGCUCAUUUGCAUGCAUUUCCAACAUUUCAGGUGAAGUUCAGGAUUAUGGGGGUUGCACUGUCUGGGCUUCAAAUUGACAAGCUGGAUGUGAAAAAUACACCAAACGCACCAUACAAAGGUUUUCGAGCCCAGACUCAGGCUGGAAGGUAUGAGGUCAGAUCAUAGGAGCUCAUGGAAGUCUUGGCCGCCACAUUUGGCACCCUGAUUCAAAAUGGCGUGGCCCAGACCCAUCAA